AGUGCGCAGGCGCUCUCGGCUUUUUUUUUUUUUUUAAUUUUUUUAUUUAAUCCCAGCACCAAGCACUUAACCUCAUUAGGGUGGAGGAGAAGGCGGCGGCGAUCUGAAUGGACUGCUGAAUUAUGAAGUAUUUCAGACCCAAUACCAGGACUGCACUCUGCCAUUCACUCCUUUAUCGUCUACUAGUUAUUUAAAUUGAACUUUUAAUAUCCUGCCAGCUGCUCUUCAGACACACAUGGUGCAUUGUUGCCAUUCCCCGGAUUGCAUCUUUGAAACACAGGCUCUUAGUAACCUUCAGCGAACAAAGAGGCAACCUCCCGGGUACACUAACUGGGAGGGUGUCACCCUGACUGCCCUCUAGCUUUUGCUGCAUCUCAAUUUGAAUUCACCAUGGAGCCUCGCAUGGAGUCCUGCCUGGCACAGGUGUUGCAGAAGGAUGUGGGGAAACGACUGCAGGUUGGCCAAGAACUCAUAGACUAUUUCUCAGACAAACAGAAGUCUGCUGACCUUGAGCAUGACCAGACCAUGUUAGAUAAACUUGUGGAUGGACUCGCUACCUCUUGGGUGAACUCUAGCAAUUACAAGGUGGCUCUUCUGGGCAUGGACAUCCUAUCCGCGCUAGUCACCCGGCUGCAGGAUCGGUUCAAGGCUCAGAUUGGCACAGUGCUGCCAAGUUUAAUCGACAGACUGGGAGAUGCUAAAGACUCCGUGAGGGAGCAGGACCAGGCUCUGCUGCUAAAGAUCAUGGAUCAAGCUGCUAAUCCCCAGUACGUGUGGGACCGGAUGCUGGGCGGCUUCAAGCACAAGAACUUCCGGACUCGGGAAGGCAUGUGUGUCUGCCUUGUCGCCACACUCAAUGCCUCCGGAGCACAUACUUUGACACUAAACAAGAUUGUGCCACAUAUAUGUAAUUUACUUGGAGAUCCAAACAGUCAGGUUCGAGAUGCAGCAAUAAACAGCUUAGUGGAAAUUUACAGACAUGUAGGAGAACGUGUGAGGGCAGACCUCAGUAAAAAAGGAUUGCCGCAGUCCCGGUUGAAUUUAAUUUUUACAAAAUUUGAUGAAGUCCAAAAAUCUGGAAAUAUGAUACAAUCUGCAAAUGAUAAAAAUUUUGAUGAUGAAGAUUCUGUGGAUGGUAACAGACCUUCCUCUGCCAGUUCUACAUCAUCCAAAGCUCCACCAAGCUCACGGAGAAACGCUGGAAUGGGGACCACCCGGCGGUUUGGAUCGUCCACUCUCGGGUCUAAGUCUUCAGCUCCAAAAGAAGGAGCUGGCGCUGUUGAUGAAGAGGAUUUUAUUAAGGCCUUUGACGACGUACCUGCAGUGCAGAUUUAUUCCAGUCGAGACCUCGAGGAAUCCAUAAACAAGAUUAGAGAAAUAUUAUCUGAUGACAAGCAUGAUUGGGAGCAAAGAGUAAAUGCUCUAAAAAAGAUUAGAUCUUUACUUUUGGCUGGUGCUGCUGAAUAUGAUAACUUCUUUCAACAUUUGAGACUUUUGGAUGGAGCCUUUAAACUAUCUGCUAAGGAUCUGCGGUCUCAGGUAGUGCGGGAGGCUUGUAUCACGUUGGGGCAUCUGUCAUCAGUUCUGGGGAAUAAGUUUGACCAUGGAGCUGAAGCCAUUAUGCCAACUAUCUUUAAUUUAAUUCCAAACAGUGCCAAAAUUAUGGCCACUUCUGGUGUUGUAGCUGUUAGGUUAAUCAUUCGGCACACACAUAUCCCUAGGCUAAUACCUGUGAUAACAAGCAACUGUACCUCCAAGUCUGUUGCAGUUAGAAGACGCUGUUUUGAAUUUUUAGAUUUACUUUUACAAGAAUGGCAAACACAUUCACUGGAACGGCACAUAUCAGUAUUAGCCGAAACGAUAAAGAAGGGAAUACAUGAUGCUGACUCUGAAGCCAGGAUAGAAGCCAGAAAGUGCUACUGGGGGUUCCACAGUCACUUCAGCAGAGAAGCAGAGCACUUGUACCACGCGCUGGAGUCCUCCUACCAGAAGGCCCUGCAGUCCCACUUGAAGAACUCGGACAGCAUCGUGUCUUUGCCGCAAUCCGAUCGCUCGUCUUCUAGCUCUCAAGAGAGUCUGAAUCGGCCGCUCUCUGCCAAAAGAAGUUCCACUGGAAGUAGCGCCUCUAGAGCUUCUACCGUCAGCACCAAAUCUGGGUCAACGACUGGGUCCCUUCAGCGAUCCCGGAGUGACAUCGAUGUGAACGCAGCGGCCAGUGCCAAGUCCAAAGCCUCGGCUUCAGGCUCCGCGCCCUUCAGCUCCGCAGCGGCCUUGCCUCCGGGCUCAUACGCAUCCUUAGAUGGUACUGCCACUAAAGCGGAGGGUCGGAUUCGUACGAGAAGGCAGAACUCCGGGAGUACCACCAAUGUCGCCUCUAUACCUUCUGAUAAUCGAGGCCGCAGUCGCGCUAAAGUGGUUUCACAGUCCCAGCGAUCCAGAUCUGCUAAUCCUGCUGGUGCUGGCAGCCGGUCAAGUUCUCCAGGGAAAUUGUUGGGAAGUGGUUAUAGUGGCCUUGCUGGGGGUUCCUCAAGAGGCCCGCCGGUGACACUCCCUUCAGAAAAACGAAGCAAGAUUCCCAGAAGUCAGGGAUGUAGCCGAGAAACAAGUCCAAACCGAAUAGGAUUAGCACGGAGCAGCCGUAUCCCUCGACCCAGCAUGAGUCAGGGGUGCAGCCGCGAUACCAGCCGUGAGAGCAGCCGAGAUACAAGCCCUGCUCGGGGCUUCCCUCCACUGGCCUCUCGACGGCAUUCCAGGUCCACUAGCGCUCUCUCCACUGCUGACUCUGUCGGGCAGUCAGACCGGUUUGGGCUUGGCCAGGCAGGAAGAAUACCUGGUUCUGUGAAUGCCAUGCGCGUGUUAAGCACAAGUACAGAUCUUGAAGCUGCUGUUGCUGACGCUUUGCUGUUAGGAGACUCCAGGAGCAAGAAGAAGCCUGUGAGGAGGAGAUAUGAGCCCUAUGGGAUGUAUUCUGACGAUGAUGCCAACAGUGAUGCCUCGAGUGUUUGCUCUGAGCGCUCGUAUGGUUCCAGGAAUGGCGGCAUCCCCCAUUACCUGCGGCAGACCGAGGAUGUGGCAGAAGUUCUCAACCACUGCGCCAGCUCAAACUGGUCAGAGAGGAAAGAAGGGCUUCUGGGCCUGCAGAACUUACUGAAGAGCCAGAGAACACUGAGUCGAGUAGAAUUGAAAAGAUUGUGUGAGAUCUUCACACGAAUGUUUGCUGACCCACAUAGCAAGAUUGCUGAUUCAGAACCAGAAUGUGAGGAUAAAGAAGGAAAUUUGUUUCCAUCAGAAGGCUCUUGUACAAGAGUUUUCAGUAUGUUUUUGGAGACUCUUGUUGAUUUUAUAAUAAUUCAUAAGGAUGAUUUGCAAGACUGGCUUUUUGUUCUUCUCACACAAUUACUUAAGAAAAUGGGGGCAGAUUUACUUGGAUCUGUGCAAGCGAAAGUUCAGAAAGCUCUAGAUGUCACAAGGGACUCCUUUCCAUUUGAUCAACAAUUUAACAUCUUGAUGAGAUUUAUUGUGGAUCAAACUCAGACUCCUAACCUCAAGGUCAAAGUUGCAAUCCUGAAGUACAUUGAGUCUCUCGCGAGACAGAUGGAUCCAAUUGACUUUAUAAACUCUAGUGAGACCAGGCUUGCUGUUUCUAGAAUUAUAACCUGGACAACAGAACCAAAGAGUUCCGACGUGAGAAAGGCUGCCCAGAUUGUGCUAAUAUCGCUGUUUGAAUUGAACACUCCUGAAUUUACUAUGUUACUUGGUGCCUUGCCCAAAACAUUCCAGGAUGGUGCCACCAAACUCCUGCAUAACCACCUCAAGAAUUCCAGUAACACCAGUGUGAGCUCUCCGAGCAACACAAUUGGACGGACUCCCUCCCGACACAACAGCAGCAGGACCAGCCCCCUGACCUCACCUACCAACUGUUCCCACGGGGGCCUGUCUCCAAGCUUGCUGGACAAUGAUACAGAGAACCUGAACUCUGAAGAAAUCUAUAGUUCUUUGCGUGGAGUUACAGAAGCCAUUGAAAAGUUCAGUUUUCGAAGCCAAGAGGAUCUGAAUGAGCCAAUUAAACGAGAUGGCAAGAAGGACUGUGAUAUUGUAUCCCGGGAUGGUGGAGUUGCGUCCCCUGCCACGGAGGGCCGGGGCGGCAGUGACGUGGUGGAAGGAGGCAGAACAGCUCUGGACAACAAGACCUCCCUGCUCAACACCCAGCCUCCGCGCGCCUUCCCGGGGCCGCGGGCGCGCGACUACAACCUGUACCCCUACCCGGACACCAUCAACACCUACGACAAGACAGCCCUGAAGGAGGCCGUGUUUGACGACGACAUGGAGCAGCUUCGAGAUGUGCCCAUUGACCAUUCGGACUUGGUGGCGGACCUUCUGAAAGAGCUGUCCAACCACAACGAGCGCGUGGAGGAGCGGAAGGGCGCCCUGCUGGAGCUGCUCAAGGUCACCCGGGAGGACAGCCUGGGCGUCUGGGAGGAGCACUUCAAGACCAUCCUGCUCCUGCUCCUGGAGACCCUUGGGGACAAAGACCAUUCCAUUCGCGCGCUGGCGCUGAGAGUUUUACGGGAGAUUCUGAGAAACCAGCCAGCAAGAUUCAAAAACUACGCCGAGCUGACGAUCAUGAAGACUCUGGAGGCCCACAAAGACUCCCACAAGGAGGUGGUGAGAGCCGCCGAGGAAGCUGCGUCCACUCUGGCCAGCUCCAUCCACCCGGAGCAGUGCAUCAAAGUGCUCUGCCCCAUCAUCCAGACGGCCGACUACCCCAUCAACCUGGCUGCCAUCAAGAUGCAGACCAAGGUCGUGGAGAGGAUCGCCAGGGAGUCCCUGCUGCAGCUGCUGGCUGACAUCAUCCCGGGCCUGCUGCAGGGUUAUGACAACACUGAAAGUAGUGUGCGGAAGGCCAGUGUGUUCUGCUUGGUGGCAAUUUAUUCCGUAAUCGGAGAAGAGCUGAAACCUCACCUUGCACAGCUCACGGGGAGCAAGAUGAAGCUGCUGAACUUGUACAUCAAGAGGGCGCAGACCACGAACAGCAACAGCAGCUCCUCCUCCGACGUCUCCACGCACAGCUAAUGGCAGCGCGGCGUCCGAGCCGCAGAGCAGCCGCGGUGCCUCUCAGACCUUCCCGCCCCUCGUAGGCUCCCGUCAGGGCGAGGAGGCCACGCAUAUUUAUUACAAUCAGUAUUUGGUCCCUUCCAGCUUUCGUGUAGAAUCUUACUGGCAUUGAAUGUAAGGAGCAAGGCCUGUUUUGCGUCCGCACACACAACGGCAGGAGUGAAAGAGCCAUGCAGUGUCCAGCGCUGAGGGCCCGCGGGCGCAGCGUGCCGGCCGCCCGCCAGCCAACACCGACACCCGACGGGGAGGGAGCGCUCUGAUGAGCAGGGUGUGGCGGUCUGUGUUUCUCUUUCAUCUUAGCGUCCUGCGUCCUGGACGUGGCCGUGCAGGGCAGGUUCCCUCCCCGCCACCCCAGCCGCCGCCAUGGAAGGGUUAGUUGUGCCUCUUUAAGUUGUAUGUUGAGACCUGCUAAGAACGUGGAGCACGUGGCAGGACGGAGGGAAAGCGCGGAGGGCCUCUGGCAGACCCCGGUGUUGCUUCUGUACCUGGGCCAAAGGCUGCGCCCUCGCGCUGGUGUCCGCGCCGUGCCCGGUGCUGCCCCGCUGCCCGUGGCUCCCGGGCCUGCGGAAGCUUCUUCAGGGGCUCCUCUCGGGCCCUGGGCCUUGGUCUUUCUGACUCGGCGCUGUCGUCUGUCCCUCCUGUCCCCCCACCCCCAGCGUUUGCUUAAGCUGCGCAGUUCUAAAGCGUUCUCACUGAACCCGCCCGGCUCCCGCUUUCUGCCGCUGCCAUCGUCGAGGCUGCGGCCGGCGAGGCGGCUCCUCAAGGACACUCCCCUCUGGCCAGCACUCGCGUCCGACACCCUCUGCAGCUGCUGCAGCGGGUUUCCUCAUCUUCUCUCCCUGCCGCCCUUUAUUUAUCAAACAUAACACACAUCAAACAACAGCAAGCAGGAACUCUGUAGAACCCGCAGGACUUUGCUGGCAGUGACGUUUGGAAGUGAAAAGAAAAUGCUCUAAAAGAUACCGGCCACCAAAUGUUUGGUCAGCGCUGUGUGUGCACGCAUGGUCCCACACCCCCCGGUUGGGUUUCUGUUUUUUGGUUUUAUUUGGGGGGGCUUUUUCACGUUUCACUCUCUAGUGUAUCAUGCAAAUGUACAGACUCUUUUGUUAAUAAUGUAGGAUUUGCUAAAAAAUAAAAAAUAAAAGAACC